UACGAAACAGUCGAGCUGGAGAAAACGCAUACCUAAAGGCUUGGCAAUUUUUUCAUUACAAAUACAAUAGAAUAUAAUAGAAAUAUUUUUAUUGUCCUAAAGUGAGGAAAUUCAGGUGCACCAGCAGCAAGUUAAAGAGGGAUCAGACGAUACCGUGAGGCGACUCGCAGCUGCUUGACGAAAAGAGUAAAACAAUUAUUUUUACUGGCAGACAGAGCCAUGGAUUCAUGGAUGACAGGCGUGUUUGUGCUCUUUGCACUGUUCAUGCCUGUUUGCUGUGAAGAAACCUUUUUCACUGAUCCGGUCAUCUGCUACUUUCUGGACGCGUUUCUGAUGGUUUACUGUAUUGCUGCAACGGCGCUGUUCUUCAGAGAAAAAUUCUCCAAAAUGCCACGAGUUCAACCGGACCUUGAAGAAAAAGGGGGCAUUUACCAGGAACUCGAGAGGCCAAAGGACACUGAUGCUUACGAAGUGCUUGACCCCAAAAAAGCAAAGGGAAAAACUGGCAGGAAGAAGAGACCUAAGCAGAGCCAGGGCAAGCCGAAGGAUAAGGAUCCAUAUAAGUCUGUCCCCACCGGCCCUCGGCCCGCUGCGGCUCCGUAGCGACGCACUUUCAGAAACAGAGAAGCUAAUUGCAGCUGAGACGAAUGGAAAAUUAUUGCCUGUUUUUUUUCUCUUUUUUUAUGUAAAGACUUUUCUUUUCUCUUUGCUUUUUUGUAUCGAUAAGCACCUCAUUUUUUUGUUUUUGUGGUUGGUUAGAUAAAAUGUGGUUGGAUUUUUAAGCAGACCUGAGGUUUUGUACCACUGAGAACAGAUAGUUACAUGUGUUGUGAAAAACAAGACAACCUUUUUCCCUCACUGUCUGCCAUUAAAUCAGACUAAACGUU